AUGCUCUCGGUCUCCAAGCUCGCUGUCUGCUUGGGUCUCCUCGCGUCGAGUGCGAUGGGGCAAUUCUGCUUUCAGUCGGUCGAGAAGAUCGGCGCCGACCAGAGCUACAACUUGACACUGUCGGCCGAGGUCUCGACCAAGACCAUCACGCACGACAAGGCGACGUACAUUGCGCUGCACUUUAACCAGCUCGACUUGCCGCACGGCGCAUCGGUCACGGUGAGCGCGCCGGAUGGCCAGAACGCGGUCACGUACACAGGCAAGCACAGCGACUUUUACGCCGAGUUCAUUCGAGGUGACGCCGCCAAGAUCACGUACCACGCGCCGCCAAAGGGCAAGGGUGCGUCGCCCGUGAUCUCGAUCGACCGGUACGCCAGUGGGUUCCCCGAGAACAGCCAGAAGCACCCCGAGGCCAUUUGUGGCAAGGACGACUCGGAAGCCGCCAUCUGCUACAAGGACAAGGUGCCGACGCAGUACAAGAAGGCGCAGGCCGUCGCGCGUCUCUUCAUGAACGGUUCUGGGCUCUGCACCGGCUGGCUCUUUGGCUCGGAAGGCCACUUGAUCACCAACAACCACUGUAUCGGCGACGCCAGUAAGGCCAAGAACGUCCAAGUCGAGUUCGCCGCCGAGUGUGCGACGUGCAAUGACCCGAACAACACCAAACAGCUCGGGUGCAAGGGCAAGGUCGUCGCCUCGAGCGUCGAGUUCAUUCAUACCAACAAGGCGCUCGACUACACUUUAGUCAAGAUCAACUCCAAGGAUCUCGCCUCGUACGGCUACCUCACGGCGCGCGAGUCGGGGCCUGUCCUUGGCGAAGAGAUUUACAUCCCGCAGCACCCCGCCGGCAAGCCGACACGCAUUGCCGCCAAGCUCGACAAUGGCCAGCCAGGGACAAUCGAAGACAUGGGCCACGCCUCGUGUGUCGACGACGAAGUGGGCUACAUGGUCGACACGGAGGGCGGGUCGUCCGGGUCGCCGGUGCUCAGUGCCAAGGACAACUCGGUCAUCGCACUGCACAACUGCGGCGGCUGCCUCAACGGCGCUGUCAAGAUCGAUAAGAUUGUCAAGGACCUCAAGCGCAUCAACAAGCUCCCCAAGAACGCCCUUGACGGCGGCAUCUCGCCGACGCCCAAGCCCAGCGACAAGCCGACGCCCAAGCCCACGUACGACCCGACGGACAGCCCCAGCGAUGACCCGUCGGACGAUCCGAGUGACGACCCAACGACCAAGCCCACGACCAAGCCGACGUCGCAACCGUCGACCAAGCCGACGAAGAAGCCGACGACCAAGCCUACCAACCGCCCGCGCCCGUCGACGCCCCGUCCGGCCACAAAGAAGCCGAGCAGCAAGCCGACGUCGCGCCCUUCGUCGGGGGCCAAGAAGGUCUGGGAGCAGUGCGGUGGCAAGGACUACACUGGUAGCACCUCGUGCGGCGAACACCUCACGUGUGUCCGCGUCGACGAGUGGUACUCGCAGUGCGUGCCUGGCAUUGGUUUCCACUGGAACUAAACGUUCGAUCUGUGUACCCUAAACAACAACAUGCCAAGUAGU